AUGAAUUUUAAAAUAUUGCAAUUACUUUGUAAAAUAGAAUAUUUAAUCAUCCUAAGUGAUUGAAUUCAGUAUAUGUGGCAUCUGCAUUUGAUGAUAUAGGAAUCUUGGUUGAAUUGUCCAACAAUAAGGAUCCAAGUUUAGGAUUCAAGUAAUAAAGUGAGGUAAAAACCUAUCUCAAAAAGUUAAGAAAUUUAUAUCUAUAUGAUAACAAGUUAUUUAGAAACAAGAAAGAAUCUAAAGACUUCAGUGAAAACAAAGAAAAAAAAAUGAUCCUAACAUUAUAUCAAUAGUUCUAAAUUAUCUUCAUAGUCUCCCUUGGAAGAGGAUAUGAAAAUCAUUAAAUUGAGCAUUAUGAGAUCAGAAAUAUUGAGAAACAAAGUUUCAGAUAUUCCUAAACAUAAUAAUAAUCCUUUAUCAAAUUGUUCUAGAAGAUUAUCUAAUAUUAACUCAGAACCGACUUAAUUUAAAAACUUACUCGUUUUAUUUCUAUCCGUGGCUGGAACAAUAAUAACCAAAAAUUUCAGAGAUCAAACUGA